AUGUCUGUGGCGGUGACUGGGACGCGAGUGUCGCCCGGCGCGGUGUUGUGCGGCGACGGCAGUUUGGACGAUGUGCGGGCGGGCGGCGGUUGUUUUGUGCGGCGGCGGCGGGUUGUGGCCUCGCGGCUGGGCGUCGUGCAGUGGGCGGCCGACGGCGGGGAGGUGGCGGUCCUGCAGCCGCCGGCGAACUCCAACAGCGCGGCGGCGGCGGUCGGCCCCCGGCCCGGGGCGGUCGUUCUCGUGCGGGUCGCCCGCGUGGGGCGCGUCGGGGCUCACGGCGAAAUCAUCGCAGUGGACGGCGGGUGGUGCGGCGGCGGCUUCCGCGGGGUCGUGCGGCUGGAGGACAUCCGCCCAUUCCGCCCGUCCAAGAAUCAACUCACACCGCCCCCGCCAGCAGCCGCAUUUCAGGCAGGCGACGUUAUCGCGGCAGUGGUGAUAUCACAGUCUGAUGUGCGGCAGUAUCAGCUAAGUACAAUUCCAGAAGAAUGCGGGGUGCUGGAGGCAACCAUCACGGUUAAUAACAAGGUGACACGUCUUCUGCAUAUCCCAGGACGUCGUGACGCGAUGUACAACCCGGAGGACAAUACUGUACACCACCGCUGGUGUCCAUUGAUCCCUCUGCCGUAG